AUGUCAUCACCACCACCAGCAAAACGCCUUCCGAUGCCCUCGGUGCAGUACACGCAGCUCUUCAUCAACGGGCGCUUCGUGGAUAGCAGGCUCGGUCGGACAUUUCCCAGCUUCAAUCCCUUCACCGGACAACAAGUGGCCACGGUUCAGGAAGCUGGUCAGGAGGACGUCGACGCGGCGGUCAAGGCCGCUAGGGCCGCCUUCGAGGUGUGGCGGGCGAUGGACGCCUCUCAGCGAGGCCGGAUCUUGUACAAACUGGGCGACCUGGUGGAGCAGAACCUGGAGACGAUUGCCGGCCUAGACUCUCUAGAAAACGGCAUCCCCAUCAACGAGAGCCUGCACACCGUGGGCGCAGCAGCGGCCAUCCUCCGCUUCUACGGCGGCCUCGCCGACAAGAUCAAGGGAGAGACCAUUCCCAGCGACGGCAACUUCCUCACCAUCACAUUGAAGGAGCCAAUGGGCAUCGCCGCCAUCAUCAUUCCCUGGAACAGCCCUACGCUGAUGGCCGCCAAGACGGUGGGCCCGGCGCUGGCCGCCGGCAACGCCGUCCUCCUGAAGCCCGCCGAGCAGACCUCCCUCUCCGCGCUCUUCAUCGCCCACCUCAGCACCCUGCUACCUGAACUCCCACCGGGCGUCCUCAACGUCCUCCCCGGGGACGGUCGAACCGGAGCGAUGCUCUCCGCCCACGCCUCCAUCGACAAGAUCACCUUCACGGGCAGCACCGAGGUGGGCCAGAGCAUCCUGGCCGCCUCCGCCCGCUCCAACCUGAAACGGGUGACGCUGGAGCUGGGCGGAAAGAGUCCGCUGGUGGUCUUUGAGGACGCCGACGUGGAGCAGGCGGCCCGGCUCGCCUUUGCCGCCCUCUUCGUCUCCAACGGACAGGUGUGCUGCUGUGGCAGCCGAACCUACGUCCACGCCUCCAUCUACGAGCAAUUUGUUGAGGAGACGCGAAAGCUGGCGCUGGCCCGGGUCGUCGGCGAUCCCUUCUCCACC